GGUCAUCAAGACAUUCAUUAAAGACUCGAAAAAUUCAGCCGACCAAUUCUGGAAACAUUUCAGAGACAACCUGGUGCCCAUUGAUCUUGGAAGGAUCCCUCACAUACGCCCGCAAUGACCAAGACUUUUUCCUAGGCCAGGGCCCCAAGAGAGCGACAGCGAGACAUGACCCGAGAACCUCCAGCCAACUCUAUCCUUUUGAUUUCUUGAUAUUUAUCAGUACGAAUGUGACGCUCCCGAACAAGAGCCUCUUUCGAAUCCGGUCGUUGACAAAGACUGAACGUGCCUUUAUACUUUCUCCGCACGUAUUCGACGAUCGCCUGGACUGCUGUCGUCCGAUAUAGACGCACGCUUCAUGAUGUUCCUGCUUGUCUGUGGCCUGCUUCUCCUUGUGCUGGGAGCAUUGCUGCUCUACCUAUGGCGCGCCGAGGCCAAGAUUGGGGUGCCCUGGGUACCUGACAGCAAAUCCAUUCUUUUCAGUCAAGAGCCUCUGCCGCCGCCCAUUCCUGAGAACAGCAUCACCUCAUACGCGCUGCCGCUGCGGACCCAAGGCAGGAAUAUCAUCGACCAGAAAGGCCGCCGCUUCAAACUUCAUUCGGUCAACUGGUACGGCGGUUCCGAUGAGUUGUUCGUCGUUGGCGGCCUCGAUGUUCGUCAUCGCAACGAUAUCGCCGCCACCAUUCGCCGCAUGGGGUUCAACAGUGUCCGUCUGCCCUACGCCGACGAACUUGUCGUGGCCAAUCCCGUCAUCCCGGAAAGCCUGGUAGCCGCUAACCCGGACCUGGCCGGGCGCCGAGCACUAGACGUCUUCGAAGCCGUCACGGCGGCGCUUACGGACGCUGGCCUCGCGGUCAUCAUCAACAAUCACAUCACGCAUGCGACGUGGUGCUGCGGCGCCGACCCAUGCGACGCGGCCUGGUACAACGGCCAUCUCGGGCCCCUGUGCCGCAUCCGGCAGACAGAGGCCGACUGGAUCCGCCACUGGGAAGAGGUGAUGGUGCGUUUUGUCGACAACCCGUUCGUCAUUGGCGCCGACCUGCGAAACGAGGUGCGCGGCUUUUGGGGCACCAUGCCCUGGUCCAAGUGGGCGGCAGCGGCCGAGAAAGCCGGGAAUCGGCUGUUGCGGAUCAGGUCAGACUGGCUCAUCAUCGUCGGGGGCACCGAGUCAAACAACGACCUGUCAGGCGUGGCGGAACGCCCCGUUGUUCUCGACGUGCCCCAUCGCGUCGUCUACACGGCUCACGUCUACGCCUGGUCCGGCUGGGGCAGCUCGGAGGGCCGCUUCUCGCACCGAGAGUACGCCUCGUUUGUCCGCACUAUGAGGCGCAACUGGGCAUAUCUCGUCGAGGGGGACGUGGCUCCGGUCUGGGUCGGCGAGUUCGGUGCAUCAAAUAGACCCAGUGUGGGCGGCGCCAACUACUGGCAAAAUUUGCUUCGUUAUCUCAAGGCUAUCGACGCUGAUUUCGGCUACUGGGCCAUCAAUCCGAGAAAGCCCAAAGACGACGAGAAAGAGACAUAUUCUCUCGUCGAAGACAAUUGGUCAACGCCCAUCCUGGACUAUCGCAUGAAGGAUAUGACAGAGAUUAUGCGAGCUUAACGCGUGUUCAUGAGGGCGUGAGCGACUAACGUCCCGUGCUGCAUGCUGGCCUUUUCGAGGGAGGGUGUUCACCCUAACCCAGCCCGGCGGAGAGGGAAAAGGGCCAACAAGAAGUUGGCCAAGCAUUAGAAGUUUCAACGGAGGUUUUAUAAUUGGAUUCAGAAACCCGGAUUUGUGUUUGGAUACUAUUGGAGCUCGCCUUUUUGAUACCCCGAGUUACCUGAUAUCUUUCAGGUAGGUGGUUAACAGCAAUAUAUCGAGUCUAAGAGAACAAGCCAGCUAAAGGCGCUAUAUAGUAAUACGGAU